UUGUGGGUAAUUGAGUGUCUGUGCUCUAGUGGUAUGUUGUGGUGUUGCGCACGCGGCUCCCUUAUGUGUGUGUAGCGGUGUCGCCAUCUUCACCGGCUCCUAGGUUUCACACGAUGUCUGCUCCUGUCAAGGGGCCCGACCAGCAUGCUUGGGCCCUGCUAGCCCUUCAGAAGAGUGCCCCGACGUCGCCCCACCGCGUGCCCUGGUCGCCCGACCGCAAGGGAACGCCCAUUGCAAGGUUGGAAGGCAAAGAAUUCGAAUACAUGGUUCGCCAGAGUCGGGUGGUGAUCGGGCGCAACUCCAGCAAGGGCGACGUCGACGUCAACAUGGGCCACAAUUCCUUCGUUUCUCGCCGCCAUAUUGAGAUUUACUUCGAAACUCCGCAUUUCUACAUGAUUUGCAAUGGCAAGAACGGCGUGUUCGUAGAUGGGGUCUUCCAGCGCAAGGGCGCCCCACCUCUCCAGCUGCCAAGACAAUGCACUUUGCGUUUUCCGAGCACAAACAUAAAAAUUCAGUUUCAAUCUCUGGUGGAUGAUUUGGAUCCUCCACCAGCAAGAGUACCUUCACCUCCUAAACGCAAGAUGCAACCCCUGAAAAUCAACAUUCCUGAUCAAGAUAAUAAUUUUGGUUCGCCUUUCCCCUCCCCUACGGGGACAAUAAGUGCUGCCAAUAGCUGCCCGCCUUCACCACGUGGUGGACAUGGUGGGUUGGGAGGCAUCAAGAAAGUAGUUAAUGCUGAGAACCUUGUACAAGCAGCGUAUGCUGCCAUGGAAGAUAAAGGAGAAAUUGCUAACACAGUUACGGUUUCCACCACAAAUGAUGAACUUGGUCUGUCUGUCAGUCAGCCCUACCACCAUAAUGGAAUUCAGGCAUCCAUACCAGAUGACGGCUAUUUCACAUCCCCGCAUCCUCCAGACCAAGCUCAUAGUCCACCAGGUGCAAAGGAUGAUUCAAAGCCUCCAUACUCUUAUGCCCAGUUGAUUGUGCAGGCAAUCAGUUCAGCUCCUGACAAACAAUUAACCUUGAGUGGCAUCUACUCUUAUAUCACUAAACACUAUCCAUAUUAUCGUACGGCUGAUAAAGGAUGGCAGAAUUCUAUUCGUCACAAUCUUUCUUUAAAUCGGUAUUUUGUAAAAGUUCCUCGAUCCCAAGAGGAGCCUGGUAAAGGCAGCUUCUGGAAAAUUGACCCAGCUUCAGAAAGUAAACUAGUGGACCAAGCCUUCAAGAGGCGGAGACAACGUGGUGUUCCAAUUUUUAAGACUCCAUUUACACAUCUCUCUAAUAGCAGAUCUGCCCCUGCAUCUCCAUCUCACAUUGGUGUGAGUGGGCUGGUAACACCUGAAUCAUUAUCACGCGAAGGGUCCCCGGUACCAGAAUAUGUGGACUCGGCAACAGCAUCGCCAUUAAACCCUCUUAAUACAGCUGCACAGUAUGAUAUCAACACGACAAGUGCGCCACCUUCUCCACCCCAACAACAUACAGGGGCUACAUUGAUAGCCUCAAGUGGUGUUAGUGUUCAAAACUCUCAACAGCUCAUGUCUGCCUUACAAGGGAAGUACUUGAUAGCUACUGCUGGAGGACCAAGUGGGACAGUAACUGGGAAGACUGGAGAAGUCAAGCAAAUCCAGCUGACUAGUAGUGGCCAUGCUCCAGAUGGUGCUUCAUUUACACAAGGCCAAGUUAUUGUUCAAACUUCUGCUGACCCGAGCACUUUCACCCACACUCAGGUUAUAUUGCCCACUCAUCUUACCAAAUAUGGUGGUGGUUAUGUGACAGUGAAUGGUGAGGUUAAACGUGUCAGUACAGCAUCUACUGCAGGACAUAUGAUAGGUGGCAGUGGAAAUAGUGUUGUUAAAACCAGUAGUAGUAGUACAGGUACUGCAGUAAUGGUUGGAACUGUGACCACUGCACCUAAUUCCACUGAGUAUGUGGAAGAAAUAGUGGAGGCAGAGGGUGUAGUAAUGGCUGCCGCACAAGAUGAACCUCUAAGCAAGCGACCUAGGAUGGAUGAAGAUGGACCCCAAUAUGAAGAUGAGUAACUGUACUAAUAUGAUUUAGUCAGAAGUUUCAGCCAUAGAGGUAGUGAUCCUCAAGUUGUCAGUUCUUCAACCACAAGCAAAGUGGUGGUCCAUUAGUGCAAGUCAAACAGGUUCAUAGCAGGUGGGUUGAAGUUAGUGUUAACCUGAAUACAACUUGGUAAGCAUAAAUGCUAAACUCCACCUUGUGAAGGAAAACACAAGAGAUAAAAUGUGAUUUCCUCCAGAGUUUAAGGUUAACUGUCACAAGUUUAAGGAUUCACAGUUAUAUCCCUGAUGAACCCAGUUAGUGUGAAUUAAGUUGUGCCUGUUUGCAAGUGGCGUGGCAACUUGUCGCAAAGUUGCCGUGGUUUAGUAAUGGACAGUCAGCUGAAAAUUGACAAUGUGCAUCGCAUCUGUACACAGCGAUACGAAAUUGUGAUUUUUCCGGUGAGCAACUGUACCUAGGUAAAAUGUGUCACACUACCAGACUAGUGUCAUGUACCUGAUGGGAUUUUAUUAGUUGCAUUUGUGGCAACUGUUGCAUACUGCUACUAAUGAGACUUGUAGCAACUCAUUAUCUUGAACAGGAUUUCUUUCUUAUAUUGCAUUUCUCUCUCAAAACUGCUUACAUGUUGGCAUUAUUAUGAUUUUUAGUUAUUUUAUUUUUACCUAAAAAGUGUGCAACUUAAUUUUCAUGAUUGUUGUUUAAUUAUUGAUUUUGCAUAUGUUUGUGUAACCUGAAGAAAAUGAAUGUUACAGAUAGAAUAGCCAUAUUUAAAUGUUAAUAAUUAGUUGAUUCACUAAAUGUUGGCCAAGUGGUCAUCAUGCAGUACAGUACAUCACACACACCAUGAGUAAAUCUUAAAGUAAUUUCCCCCUCUUUGUGCAGUACAAGUUUUAGAUGAUGUAAAAUAUUCUUUUGUGAAUAGAAUUAAUACAGAAGUACUGGGAUUGAGGGAAUAGGGUUUUUGGGGUGGGGGGCGGGGGGGAAGGACGGAGGACUGUUGGAGGGCAAUCAUGAAAUCUUUUACGACGAAACAUGUGGGAGUCUAUAUAACCCUGCCAUAUUUGUACAGCCUAGAUUGUCUAAAUAGUCUGGUAGCAAAACCUGCUAUCUUAUAAGUUUGUACUAAAGAGAAGUAGUAUUGUUUAAGGUGUAAAAACUCCCAUAUUUUUCUUUGUCUUGAGAGAGGCUAAAAGUGAGUGUAAAUGGAUAGAAUACUAUUAUAUAUAUUGAGAGAAUGACGUAGCAGACUAUAUGUGAAAAUUCUGGUUUCUUGUAAAUAAGAGAACAAAUGUAGAAUUAUAGAUUUUCUAGAAUUAAUGUCUUAUUCUAACACUGGCUCCUGUUCAUGGGAAGUUAUUUAUUUUUUCAUCUAGAAAAUGAACAGUCAUGUAAUGGUGGGUCUUACACUUUUGUCAGAUAACUAAUUUUUGAAAGAAAGUAAACAAAACCGGGUAAGUAGUCAUAAGGUUUUGAAAGGAUAUGUAAUGAUGAUGUGAGGUUUCCUGAAAUAUAAUUGUUAGUGAAAUUUUGGUGUUGAAGCCUUGUUUUUGUACUUCUGUAGGAUAACUUUCACUGUUCAUCUAAAUUAAUUUGAGUUUAGAAAAUUUCUCGUGGAGAAAAAGAGAAGUUAUUGUAUGUGCCGUUUGUUAUAACAGUAUUUGGAAACUUAACAGUUAUGGUAUCUUCAGCCAAAUCUAGAGGUUCAGUAGUAGCAAGAUGGAAGGUGCCCUAUUAAAGACAAAGCAAGCAGAUUUGUUUUGUUCUUGUUUAUAUUCUACAUUUUAGGGUGUGCUUAAGUUAAAGAUGAUAAUGAACACCUAAAAGAUUUUUUUUUUCCAGUUUUAUCUAUGGUUGUUUAUAUAUAGUAUUAGCAUUGAAAUAACCUGUUUAUUCCAGGUUUUUUUUAAAUCUUUAAUUUAGACAACCUAUUGUCUAUACAAGAGACAGAACUUUAUUUUACUCGAUGCUUGAUAGGUACUGUUAAUUCAGGUACUGAAUUCUUACUUAGAUCGAAUUGUGGACUUGGCUAAGCGAGCAUUCCACUUCCAGGAGGAAGAUUCUCUUUGCACUUGUUUGUUGCCCGACUCUUUUUUAUUACUUUUAUGAAUUCAUCAUUUUGUCUUGCGGAAGUCAGUGUAGUGCUUAUUAGUUACUUUAGUGCAGUUGUAUUAUGUUAGCUGUUGGCAUGCUUGAGUUACAUCAGUAUAAGGGUGGUUACCAGCAUUGAUGCAUGUUCAAAUGCAGUUAAAGUACAUAUUUUGUAUGGAACUUGUUUGGAUACAGUGAAAUUUAUUAUCGUAUAAGUAAUUUGGUAUAGUAAAGAUGUGGUGAAAUUUGUACUUACGGUGUAAAAUGUCCUGUAUAUUGUCUUAUUUUGGGCUAUUUUGAUCCAAGCCCAAGGAUGAAGUAAUGUGUCAAUAUUAACCUUUUCUAGCUAGACUUGAAAACUGGGAAGAGGAUUGGCUAUGAUUUACUUCGAGCAAAUUAAAAGCAUCAGUUGAAAGAGAAAGAACUAUAAAGUUUGGUGUAAAAAGAUUAUAUAAGUUGCUGAACUGCAUGGUACAAGGGUUACAGAGGUUCAGAGUAAAGGUUAUUAUUUUUAUUAUUAUUAUUAUUAUUAUUAUUAUUAUUAUUAUUAUUAUUAUGAAUAAAGUCAAAAGUGCUAUUGUUUUGCAAGGCAAGUUUUCCAAAUUGGGGAAGAAAAUAUGAAGAGAAGAGAGGUUCAAUAGAACAGUUGAAGUUGUAUAAUGAUAGAUGGCAGUCAAAAAGCUAGAAAGAAAAAAGGCAAAGGGCCAUGGCAAUAUUCCAGUACCACAACCUUUCUUGAACUUCCAUUAAACAUAUGGUAAAUGGUUCCACUGUUUUAUAGUAAGGGGAAUCUUAAGUAUUAGAGUUUGAGUCUUGGCCCAAAUUCCAGAAAUACAGAUAAGAUUUUUAGGAACCAGAAAAACAUGGAAGAAGAUCCACAAUAAAUAGGUAGGUAGAAACAAAUCAUGGGGAUAAGAUUGCUGAUCAAAGCAGGGAUACCACUAGUGAGAUAAGACUGUUAAGAAGAGACUAAAUCCACAAUUGUAGGUUGAGUGAGGUGGUUGGACAUUGAGGUACAAUCCAUUUUGAGAGAGAGAGAGGUAUAGAAUUUUGAUGAGAUGUGGUUAAAUAUUAAAAAUGGCAAAAAGAGUGAAAGGAAGCAAGUGCAGCACUUGUCUUUCAGUAACUCCAGAUUCAGUGGCUUCACAUGCAUAUGUUUUUGGGGGGUUGGGAUGCCAUCCCUUGAGGAAAGCAAUCAUAGAUGACUUGAGGAUAAUUUAGUUCCUGGGAGUUGCUAGGUUUAAUAUUGCAAACCCCUUCCCUCUUUGCAGUCUGAUACAAACACAUGAGCCAAGAGAAUUGUUGGUGGCGAGAGAGAGGCCUUUCUCCUUGGGUGCAAAAUAGAAAAAAAGAUUACAGAAUAAUACAACAAACACCAAGGCUAAGACAAAGCUGGUUUUGCAUUAUAUUUAAUGGCAAAACAAAUUUAGAGAGGGAAUUAAAGAGAAUGGGCUCAUAAGCUAAAAUGAGUUUGAGACAACUAACUAUGUAGGAAUAAUUAAGUAUUAAGUUGAACAGCAGGCAGCAGAAGAGAGAGAUCCAUCUCAGACACAGCCAAAAAGGUAAAGUGAAUGACCUUGUUUUUAGUUGAACAGCAGACUCCAGUUUAUGCUGAGAGUAAAUUCUUUGUGUAAAGACCUCAGGUUUGUAUGUUUGGAAAAAUACAAAUAAAAGAUGUCAUAUUUUUUUGUGCUGAUGUUCAAAAUGUAAUUGACAAUGAAUGAUAAAUUUUGUGAAAAUCUGUCAUUUUCAGUUAGCUAGGUUAUAAGAUUUUAUAAAAGAUGUAAUUUAAUAAAUUGCAUAAAACAAAAAAAGAAAUUUGCGCCAGCCUGGGCUGUGGUCUACUAUGGCAGUUGUGCAGCUGGUUCAUCAGAUGUUAAUUUAGUUAGUUUGAGGGAAAAUGUUGAAAUAACAAGGAAGAGAAAAUGGGAAAGCUUAGAGGGCAUUUUGGAUUGGUUUUCAUCCCUCAUAGGCCAGCCAUAUGAAAGCCAAAGUGCUUUUGCUUGGUGGUUUCAGAUCCUGAUAAGUCUGGCCUUAAUCCUUUUUGCUGGACGUUUUGUCUAGGUCUGGACAAUGGCACAGUGCCUGAUAUUGUAGGUCCUUUUAAGUUUUAGCAUAAAGUUUUGUAGUUAAAGAGUAGUUCAGGAAAGUGUGACCAGUCCUGGUGGUGUGUCAGUUAAUUGUAGGUCAUUGGUGUUUGAAAGGUUCUGAAGACCAGCAAAUGACAGCAGGCUUGUUUGGUGAGCAGUUUUACAUUGGUUGAACAUUGAAGAUAGCACACUGGUAAGGUAAGAUAGUCCUCAAUAUACUGUAAUGGCCGUAGUGGCCAGACAUCACCUAUGUCAAGGAUGACAGAUAUCAAGUUACAUAAAUAAGUAGCAAGCUGCAGAAGUUGUAUGACUGCACGGUUACGAAUCGUCAGUGUUUAGGACAUCACCUUAUGUCAAGGAUGGCAUAUAUCAAGUUACAUAUUGAAGUAACAAGCUGCAGAAGUUGCAUAGUUAUGGAUUUUCAGUGUUUUAUAUUAGAUUUAGAGCAAUCUUAAAAUUGUUGGUUAAUGUUUGUGUUAAGUUGUUUGGUGUUUCAAAAUUAUGUAUAUACUUGCAUCACCUCAAAUUACAAUAGAUGAAAAGUCUUGGGUACAUCAUAGUAUUAGAGAUAUGGGAAUAAUGACACCAUGUGUAUGAACAAGUGUCAAUCCCUGCUGUGGUAUUGGAUGGGGAUUGAGAGUCAUGUCAUCACUGUAGAAUUCAGGUUGUAAAUUCCAGUAGUAGUACCUUCAAGAUCUUUACGAUUAAUAAGGAAGGAAAAUGUCACAUUCAAGAUAUUGAUGCCCAAAUCUAAAGCACCAUUCAGCUCUCAAAAGAUGGUCCUUUUAAUGGUGCUGUAAGCAGUUGACUGCAUCUUUAUGGGUCCCCUGUGGGUAUUUAAAUUUAACAUCAUCAUGAUGGUAAAGGCAGUCCCUGCUUACCAGUGGCAUCGGUUAAUGGUGUUUCAGUGUUGUGGCGCUUGGCCAGUGACAACGUUAACCAGAUUUUGGGUGCCGGCAAGCAAUUUCCAUUGCUGAUAGACUGUUUCUUGGACCCAUUAUGCAGUUUAUCAGUGUUUAUGGUGGUUAACGCCGUUGAUUUAUCAUAAUAGUUCUGGUUAACAACGAUUUUCAGUUGUGGCUCGAUAGGGAACACACACACACGCACACACGGUUAACUGGGGACUGCCUGUACAAGGAAUGUAAAUAUAUACAUGCACCUCUUGUACAUUUAUGUUGACCAUCAUUGACUACAUUUACUAUCAGACUUUUUUUUUUUUUUUUUUUUUUUUUUUUUUUUUUUUUUUUUUUUUUUUUUGAUAACUUAUGAGCUAAAUACAGUAUAUAUAGCAGUGAUGGUUAUGAGUGUUCAAGAUUUUAAAGUGUAAACUCAUACUUGGUCCAAUUUAUAACCUUUUCCUAGUUUACUUAAUUGAAAUAUAAAUAUAUACAGCAUAGAGUUUGUGUGCAUGUGUGUGUGCAGUUUGGCAAGACAGAAAUUAGUGCUCUCAGUUACCUAGUUCAAUUUGCCAAGACAGGUAAUGGCUUGAUCAAAAUCAGAGGGAUUGCACUGAUUAUAGUCUGUGCUUCACCCAAAUAUGAUAAGAAAUUCAGUAUUUGAUUCAUACGUGCCUUUCAAGCAUUGUUGAAUAAGUAAUACUAGAGAUAAGUAUUUAUGGAGUAUGAAGUAUCAGUUGUUAAAUUUACUACUUUUAUUUGCUUGUCUAGUUAGAAACUCCAGUUAUAUUGCUUCCAGUGAUAGGAAGAUGUACUUCAAGUUCAGGCCAUUAUUUUUUUCUCAUCUUGAAACAUGACUGUGAAACACAAUAAGUUCACUAAUUUGAUUUUCUAAGGAAAUUUAUAUUUGCUUAUUGCUUUGGUAUAUUUUUUACCAAAUACGUAUUGCCCCAUAAUGCAGUUCCCAAAUACAAGCUUUUUUUUUUCACCCUUGUAUAAUUAAGGUACUACAUACUAUUAUGUUUUAAGAGAAGGGCUUAAUGAAAGAUGCCAUCCUGUAUAUAGUUAUAUAUAAUUGUAUAUUUUAAGAAUGAAUAUAAGCUUUUAUUUUCUUCUGUAUAUGGAAAUGCCGUCGAGAGGCAGUACCACCCGUCUGAGAUUAGAAGGAAGUUAUACAUAUAGUGUGACAAGGUGGCAGUUUCCAUUCGUUAGUGCUUUUUGUUUGGUAUUUUCUUACUGUCAUAAUCAUCAUCGUUGUCGUCGUCAUCCCAGUCAUCAUCAUCAUCAUCAUCACCACAAUUGUUCUGGAGUUGUUUAGGCAGUAAGCUGCAAGAUGAAAAAGUACGUUUAGUUUUAAUACAGUUAUAUUCUAUUUCUUGGACUUUUCUUGUUAAGUAUGAAGAAUUACACAGUUUGCUUGAUGAGGUUUUUAAGAGGUACAAAGUGUUUUGUAGCUAUUUUAUUGACAAAGACUAGCUGGAGUAGGCAUAAAGCACAACAGCCCAUUGUGCAACCUUUAUAUAAGAAGCACAUCAAGGAACUUGUGUUUAAAAAAAAAAUUCAUUUUAACAUUAAAACUGAUGAUGGUAUGAAGUUGGAGCCAGAAAAUCAUUAAUAUUGAUGGCUUCCCUCAGUAACAUCAGCCUCCUGAUAUUCAGGAGGCUUUUUUUUUUUUUUUUCCCUUAAUUUUGCCACAGUCCUCACAGAUUUACCCUGCCUUGAAAUCCUAGUGAUUUGUAUGUACAACUAAUAGAAGCAGAGUGAAAAUAAAAACAUUAACUCAC